UACCUGUUCUUUUCAUCUUCAUUCUUCUCUUAUGACUUUCUCAAACCAUUGAUUCUCAUUUUUCUUCCCAAAGAAAAAGAAACAACACAUAAAACACAAAAGAUGGCAGCAGCUACAAUUUCUACCAUUUCAAUGAUCGACUCCAACAAAAUGGAAGUUGACAAACUCACGUACGAAAUAUUUUCCAUUCUUGAAAACAAAUUCCUCUUUGGCUACAAUGACCCAAAACUUUCUCCUGCAUGCAAACAAAACAGUAAUAAUAUGUUAACACCCUUUGCCGGAACAAAAACUGUCGGCGCCGGAAAAAUCAGAAUUCUCUCAAUUGACAGCGGUGGCUCCACUAAUGGCAUUCUAGCAGCAAAAUCUUUAGCCCAUUUGGAAGCAACCCUUCGUCGUAAAACCGGAUUGAACAAUACCCACAUUGCCGAUUUCUUCGAUGUUGUCGCCGGUUCCGGAGCCGGCGGUGUCCUCGCCGGUCUUCUCUUCACUCGUGGGAAAGAUGGGGUUCCGAUGUUCACUGCAGAGGAAGCUCUUAAAUUCCUUCUCGAGAGUGAUCGGAAAAUUUCACGGUGUUCUAACCGUGGAUUGUUUCGGCGUGUUUUCCGGCCGGCGAAGAUGUUUGAUAAAUUAUUCAGCGGUUUAACUUUAAAAGAUACGGUUAAGUCGGUUUUAAUCCCCUGCUACGAUCUAACUACAAGAUCACCGUUUCUAUUUUCGCGGGCUGAUGCGCUGGAGAUGGACGGUUGUGAUUUUAAGUUGGCGAAUGUAUGUGAGGCCACAGUGGCUGAUCAAGCGGUGGAAGUGAAGUCAGUUGAUGGAAGAAGGAAAAUUACAGCCGUUGGUGGUGGGGUUACGAUGAAUAAUCCAACGGCUGCGGCUAUCACUCAUGUACUUAACAAUAAACAAGAGUUUCCGUUUGCUAAUGGUGUUGAAGAUUUGUUAGUGGUUUCUUUGGGUAAUGGAGAAUCAGAUUCCGGUACCGGAAAUGUGAUGUCAUCGCCGGCGGCAUUUGUUAAGAUUGCCGGAGAUGGAGCUGCCGACAUGGUAGAUCAAGCUGUAUCAAUGGCAUUUGGACAAUUUAGAAACAAUAACUAUGUUCGAGUACAGGGAAAUGGAAUUAUUGGGGAAAAACACGAAUCAACGAGCAAAGGUGAAAGAAUGAGAAAGACAGUAGCCAUAUCUGAAGAAAUGCUAAGGCAGAAGAAUGUGGAAUCUGUGUUAUUUGAAGGGAAGAAAUUAGUGGAAAAUACAAAUUUGGAUAAGUUGGAAAUAUUUGCUGGUGAAUUAAUCAAAGAGCAAGAAAGUAGGAAAACUAGAAUAUUACCCCCAGUGGUUUUGAAACAGGCAUCACCAUCUCCUAGAACAUCAUCUGCAACAACUUCAUCCACCAUUUCCUCAUUUUAAUAAAGCUCCCGCUAUGCGCGGGGUCCGGGUAUCAUGAUUAUUAGAUCGAUUUUAAUCGAUAGCUUGGAGGUGACACUGUCCAUUAUUAUUAAUUAGGUUAGAUUAUUAUAGCGAGGUAAGGUAGGGUGGGUUAAGUUGAAUCAAUGCUGAAGUAUGGGUUUGAAGCCACUCGUGAUUAUUUCAGAUAUCCGAGUUUGAGCUGAGCUGCUAAAAUAGCCUGAGAAGUUUUCUUUUUCUAUAUAUUUUUUUUAAAAUCUUGAGGUUGAUUUGUAGUAAAAUGUAUGUAGAGAUGAAUAUUGGUGAAUUAAUGUGUGUAUGUAUGUGAUGUUAAUAUUAUGAAUGUAUUGCUUGUUAGACCAA